AGAUAAUCAGGAACUCCUUUAUUCCUUCUCUCUCUCUCGCCCUCCUCUCUCUCUAAAUAAAUCCAUAAAUAUAUAAAUCUCAUCACCUCAGACUUAAGAGAGACCUCAAGAGGAAGGAAACGGAGGGCGAGAGAGUCGAGUGAUCUCAAGGGUUUUUAUCGCACACGCUUUUUCACAGUGUCCAAUCAAUAUCAAUGGGAGGCGGAGUCAUGAGGGCGGCUGCUAAGGUGGCGGGGAUCGGCGGCGUUGUUCAAGGCGGCAUGCUUCGUGGCGCGCCGGUUCCGUCGCCCUCCAGUCAGACCAUCCGAAAGGCCUCGAUCCCCGUUGCCGCGACCCUCACGGCUGAGAAUGUCGGCGGGGUUGACGUGUCUCCGAUCGAGAAGACGGCGUUGGAUGCGAUGGACGACUUCGUCGACUGGCAAGUGGUCGGCGCCGCAGACGAGGAGCUGGUGAUGUCGGCCGGGGAGCCGAUGCCGAGAGUCGUCUUCGACGCCGCGCCGAGCUUCAAGGAGGCCAGAGAGGCCACCACUGAAUUGAAAGACGCCCUCGAUAAGGUAUAUCUGUCUUCACCCAAAUCUACUGAAUUUGGGAAGCAGUCUGCUGCUGAUAAGGUUUCUGGGCUGUCUCAAAUUACGAACCCUGAACCUGAGGAGGUGGAAUCCCUGAUUCUUACUAGGACUUCCGUGCCAAAACAUGCUUUUCAGGCAUUUGAAAUGCUGAGUAGAAGUACUGAAGCUCAGAAUGUUGUUGCUUCAAUUGCAAGCGACCCAAAUAUCUGGAAUGCUAUGAUGGAAAAUUCUGCGGUCAAGCAAUUCUUGGAGUCCAACAAGAACUAUAAGCUCUAUGAGCCCGAAUAUGUGUCAGAUACUGAGCUUUCUGAUCCAGUAUCACCCAAGAAGCGUGAAGACAAAGACAAAUCUGAUGGGUUUGAAGCUGUGCUCCAUGGUUUUGUGCAGAAAAUCAAGCUUACCGUGGAUAGGUGGGUGGGCGAUUUGUCAACUUACGUCCAGAAUAUUUUUCCCUCCCCAGCUGAGAAUGGAAAUGCAGAUGAGAAUGGGAAUACGAAGACGGUAGCAUCUGCAUUCAUGGGGCUGGCAGUUAUGGUUGUUAUGGUGGUUUUGAUGAAGCGUUCGUAGAGUUCAUUAUAGGUUGCCUAUCUAAAUCUGCCGAAAACACAGUCCUUAUGAGUGUCUCUGCCUAAUGUGCUUGCAGAAUAAAUAAACCCAAAUUUGCUGCCGGGAAGUAUUGCCAUUAGGUUAGCGUGCUGCAUAUAAGUUUCUUAGCUUAAUUGAACGUUUUCCAUUUGGGUCAGUCCAUUAUUGAUCGUUUAUGGGAAGAGUAGUAAAAUGACAUGCACAGCUUAUGUCUUUGGCACUCAGAAUUUUUUUGGUAUGUUUUGCAGUCAGAUUUUCAUUAUGGUUACAGGAUCAAGCUUAAUCUUGUGUUUGAACAGAACCGUUGGAGUGUAUUUUCUGUUCUUUUUUUGA